CUGUGGGUGGGACUAAGACACGAGGAUAGGAGUCGAGGAGGGGAAUUAGAGAAUUGAGAAGCCUUCUUUGUCAUGAGCUCCUGGCUAUUGUGUUUAGUGAUCACAUGACUUUCUCUGGUCACGUCUUCCUCUUCUUCACUUCUGUACAGCACCAGACAUUUUUUCUGCAGGCAGUGAAGUUGCCUUUUAAGAUGAAUGUGAGAAAAGAAAACCAUCCCAGUCCGAGGGGAUGUCUUGUAACUGGGCUCACGGCGGCCAUGUCUCUGAGCGAGCAGGCGUCGGACGUGGUGCCGUUCUUCUCCGAUGAGAGCGAGGCGGAGGGUCCUGAGGAGCAGGGCGGGGGGGCUCGUCGCCCGCAGGAGGAGGAGGAGGCGAGCGGCGUGUCGAAGGUCCGAGCCCUGCUGACCGUCCUCGUCCUCUGCUACAUCAACCUGCUCAACUACAUGGACCGCUUCACUGUGGCAGGUACACCGCUCACAGGCUUUCAUUUCCUCCCAAAG